UAUUAUGCCAUAUGUGGUAGAAACCUUUGAGAAGAAGCUGCUGCAAUAAUUAAAAGGUUGUACAUUGAGGUGGUCGACCAUGUGGAGGCUAAAGACCUCAGAGGGGGGAGGGUCAUGGAUGCAGACAGUGAGUGGUUUCCAUGGCCGGCAGGGGGUGUGGGAGUUCGACCCCGGCGCCGGCACCCAAGAGGAGCGCACCAAGGUGGAGCAGCUUCGCCAGGAGUUCACUGAGAACCGCUUCCGAAGGAGGGAAUCACAGGAUCUCCUCAUGCGUAUGCAGUUCACUGGACAAAAACACCUGCAUGCCGAUAUGCCCGCGGCCACCAAGCUAGAAGAUGGCGAUGAGGUGACGGAAGAAAUUGUGCAGGAGUCUCUGAGACUGGCGCUCGGUUGGAUGUCUGCUCUCCAAGCUGAAGAUGGUCACUGGCCUGGUGAUUUCAGUGGCAUCAUGUACAUCCUGCCCUUCUGGAUCUUCGCGCUGCACAUCACAGGAUCGAUCGAUGUUGUCCUAUCAAAAGAGCAUAAACGCGAGAUAUGCCGUCAUAUUUACAACCAUCAGAACGAGGAUGGUGGAUGGGGCUUCAACAUUUUGGAUGACAGUGCCAUGUUUGGUACGUGCUUAAAUUACGUCACCUUGAGGCUUCUCGGGGAGGUACAAAAGGAUGAGAAUGAUGGGCUAGCAAAGGGCCGAGCUUGGAUCUUAUCCCAUGGCACCGCAGCUGCAGGGCCACAGUGGGCAAAAAUAUUACUCUCGGUUAUUGGUGUAUACGACUGGUCCGGAAAUAAUCCUAUGAUCCCUGAACUAUGGUUGGUCCCACGAUUUCUACCAAUUCAUCCAGGACGAUUCUGGUGCUUCACAAGGAUGGUUUAUAUGUCAAUAGCUUUCCUUUAUGGCAAGAAAUUUGUCGGUCCCAUUACACCAACUAUAUUAGCACUAAGGGAUGAACUCUAUAGUUUGCCAUAUACCAAGAUUGAUUGGAAUAAAGCUCGUAAUACUUGUGCGAAGGAGGACACACGCUAUCAACCAUCAGCAAUAUUCAGUGUCAUUGCAAGUUGUUUGAACACGUUUGUGGAGCCAUUCUUAAACUGUUGGCCGCUUAACAAGCUAAGAAAAAGAGCACUGAGUCACAUCCUAGAACAUAUCCAGUACGAGGACGAAACUACUCAAUAUGUUGGCCUAAGUCCAGUUAACAAGGCACUGAACAUUAUUUGCCGUUGGGUAGAAAAUCCAAAUCCAGAUGUGCUCAAGCGACAUAUUACAAGGAUAAAUGAUUAUUUGUGGAUUGCUGAAGAUGGCAUGAAGACCAAAGUAUGUGAUGGUGCCCAAAAUUGGGAGAUAGCACUUAUAACCCAGGCUUUCUUGUCGGCAGAUAUUGCCAAUGAUUAUGGUCCAACCGUUGAGAGAGCUCUGACAUAUAUAAAGAAAGCACAAGUUGUUAGAAAUCCUCCAGGAGACCCAAGUUAUUGGUGGAGACACAGAUCAAAAGGCUCAUGGACACUUUCAACUGUAGAUAAUGGUUGGGCUUCAAGUGACUGUACUGCAGAAGCAACUAAGACAUUGAUGCUGCUUUCAAAGAUAUAUCCUAAGCUCCAUGAGAAUCAAGAGGAAGACGAGUGGCUCUUAAAUGCUGUUGAUUGCCUUCUUUCCUUUAUGAACAAAGAUGGUUCAGUUUGUACAUAUGAAUGCCAAAGGACUUAUUCGUGGCUAGAGAUUUUAAAUCCAUUGGAGAGCUUUCGGAAUAUUAUGGCUGAUUACCCAACGGUUGAAUGUACUUCCUCAGUGAUGGAAGCUCUGAUACUAUUUAGGGAGGUAAAUCCAGUGUACCACAGUGAAGAGAUAAGAGAGUAUGUCACCAAAGCUGCCAUGUUUAUAGAGAAUAAUCAAAAGAAGGAUGGAUCCUGGUAUGGCACUUGGGGCAUCUGUUUCAUAUAUGGGACCCUGUUUGGAAUAAAAGGCUUAGUUGCUGCUGGGAGAAAUUACGAGAACAGUAUUUGUAUUAGGAAAGCAUGUGAGUUUUUGCUGUCAACACAACUCAGAACAGGUGGUUGGGGAGAGAGCUAUCUUUCUUGUGAAAGACAGGUCUAUGUAGAGGGUCCUAAUACUCAUGCAGUACAAACUGCUUGGGCAAUGCUAGCUCUGAUAUAUGCUGGGCAGAUGGAACGAGACCCAACACCAUUAAACGGUGCUGCAAAAGUAUUGAUCAAUAUGCAAAUGGAGACAGGAGAUUAUCCUCAGCAGGAACACGUUGGAAACACCAACUCUUCUGUUUAUUUCAACUACCCCAACUACCGCAAUUUAUACCCUAUUUGGGCUCUCGGAGAGUAUCGACGGAGACUAUUUGCUAAGAAUGAAUGAAGGCUACUCAAGCAAUUCAAAUGUGUGAUGCUCACAGUUCUGUCACACUGGAGCAUAUAUAAAUGAAAGUGUAGUAAAGCUGCUUGUAUUUUCUAUAUUAAAUAACUGUGAUUCUAGAUAUAUACCAUACACAAUUGUACAGCUUACAAGUGAUAUUGCUUUAAUAAUGCAAACUAAGAAUAAGAGUGAAAUACAACUUAUACUGAA